GUCCUUCUCGGACCGCCGGCUCCGCGUCCCCAGUUCUACGUCGCCAGCACCUCAUCCAUACCGUUAGCCCGCACAGCAGUUUUUACUGCUCUGUAGUAGUAGGCUGUAGACUCUGUACUCUCUAGUCUCUACUCCCCCCUCUCCGCCUUCUCUCUCUCCGCAGGCGGUAUCCUCCCUUCCUCGGUUCCUCUCCUCUCCCCCACCACCCCACCCCAGCGCCCCAAAUGCCGCUCCAACCCUAGCCUCCCGCCACGCCUUUCGAUCUCGGCCGGCCAUGGGCAACUGCUGCCGCUCGCCGGCCGCCGUCGCGCGGGAGGACGUCAGCUCCUCGCACUUCCCCGCAUCCAACGCGAAGAAGAAGCCGCACCAAGCGCGCAACGGCGGCGGCGCCGGGCAGAAGCGGCUCUCGGUUCUGGGCGACGAGGGGUGCGAGGUCGUCGGGAUCGACGACAAGUACGUCCUGGACAGGGAGCUCGGCCGCGGGGAGUUCGGGGUGACGUACCUGUGUAUGGAUCGGGGCACCAAGGAGCUGCUCGCCUGCAAGUCCAUCUCCAAGCGCAAGCUGCGGACGGCCGUCGACGUGGAGGACGUGCGCCGGGAGGUGGCCAUCAUGCGCCACCUGCCCAAGAGCCCCAGCGUCGUGUCCCUGCGGGAGGCGUGCGAGGACGACGGCGCCGUCCACCUCGUCAUGGAGCUCUGCGAGGGCGGCGAGCUCUUCGACCGCAUCGUCGCGCGGGGCCACUACACCGAGCGCGCCGCCGCCAGUGUCACCCGCACCAUCCUCGAGGUCGUCCAGCUCUGCCACCGCCACGGCGUCAUCCACCGCGACCUCAAGCCGGAGAACUUCCUCUUCGCCAAUAAGAAGGAGAACUCGCCGCUCAAGGCCAUCGACUUCGGUCUCUCCAUCUUCUUCAAGCCUGAGACUGAACAAGGGGUGGCGCAGGCUAUUCUUCGUGGAAAUAUCGAUUUUAAGCGGGAACCCUGGCCUAAUGUUUCGGAAAAUGCAAAAGAUUUAGUUCGACACAUGUUGGAGCCUGAUCCAAAGCUCAGGCUAACUGCAAAGCAGGUUCUUGAACAUCAUUGGCUUCAAAAUGCAAAGAAGGCUCCUAAUGUCCCUCUUGGAGAUAUUGUAAAGUCAAGGCUCAAACAAUUUUCUAGGAUGAAUAGAUUCAAAAGAAGGGCUCUAAGGGUCAUUGCUGAUCAUUUGUCUGCUGAGGAAGUUGAGGAUAUAAAGGAUAUGUUCAAGACUAUGGAUACUGACAAUGAUGGAAUUGUAUCUUAUGAAGAACUGAAGACUGGAAUAGCAAAACUUGGUUCUCAUCUUGCGGAAUCAGAAGUACAGAUGCUCAUUGAAGCUGUGGACACAAACGGGAGGGGGGCACUAGACUACGGGGAAUUUCUGGCCGUCUCGCUCCACCUGCAGAGGAUGGCGAACGACGAGCAUCUCCGGCGGGCCUUCCUGUUCUUCGACAAGGACGGCAACGGUUUCAUCGAGCCCGAGGAGCUUCGAGAGGCUCUGGUGGACGACGGGGCGGCCGACAGCAUGGAGGAAGUGGUGAACGACAUACUGCAAGAAGUCGACACCGACAAGGACGGCAAGAUCAGCUACGAGGAGUUUGUGGCGAUGAUGAAGACCGGCACGGACUGGAGAAAGGCGUCCCGGCACUACUCGAGAGGGAGGUUCAACAGCCUCAGCAUGAAGCUUAUAAAGGACGGGUCGGUAAAGCUGGGUGUCGAGUGAAAACCGCACCGACGCUCGUUGAUGUGUGUGUGGGUGUGUGCGCGCAUGUAGUUUUAGGCCCUUGGGCCACUAAGCAGAAGAACUCUAGGCCUUCUUCUUCUUUUUUUGUCCCCUCGUGACUGUCUUGCGUGGAAAUUUUAGAUAGGUGGAAGUGGCGGAACCCUCCGAUUUGUCUUACUACCUGUGUAAUUAGCUAUCCCGGUCUCGCUGACAGGCACUGGGCCAAACGGUGUACCUAAUGCUCUCACCCGUUCUCUUGAUGGCAGCCCGAGUGCUGUACGAUACAGUGUGUUUUGCGGUCUGGAAAUGCUCAA